AUGAAGUUCAGCCAGGUGCUGCCCCUACUCCCUCUCGCGUCCGCCUUCGUAAUCACGGAAACGGAUGUUUUCCAGAACAUCGAGAAGACUGGAAGAGAGCUCACCGACCAAACUCGGAGCGCCUUUGAAAAGACACAGCAUGUUCUUGACGAUGCCUUCGCCAAAGCAGCCAAGAGUGUGAUGCAUGUAGGAGACGAUGCCUACCACAAGAUACAUGAGACUGGAUGCGACGUUGAGUCUUGGUUGGAGGGAUCGUCCUUCGAGGAAGACUAUGAUGAGGACCUUGAUAAUCCGGGCCAUCCACGCCAGCCUCCACAUGAUAAACCACCUCACCAUGGUCCACCGCAUCGCGGAAGGCCCCACCAUCCUCCGCAUCAUGAGAAACCAAACCAGACCGUGUAUGAACUCAUCAGUAAGAGCAAGUACACCACUAAGCUUGCCAAGCUUAUCGAUGAGUUACCUGAUCUCGUCGACAAGCUGAAUAGCACCAAGGCCAACUACACCGUGUUUGCACCUACUGACGAAGCUUUUGAGAAGAUUCCCAAGCACGGCAAGAAGCCAUCGAAGGAGAUUCUUGAAAAAGUCUUGUUGUACCAUAUCAGCGACGACUUCUACCCAGCUGGCCGUGUUUUGCACUCAUACACGAUUCCCACGCUGCUUGAGCCCGAUAAUCUUGGCCACAAGCAGCGUCUCACUGUCCGCGUGACCCUGAAGGGACCCACCAUCAACUUCUACAGCAAACUUGUAGCAGUUAACAUCUUUGGUACGAACGGCGUCAUCCACGGUGUAGACCACAUCAUAGUGCCUCCGCCGCAGGUCGCUACUAUCAUCGAUCUUCUUCCGGGAGAGUUCAGCACCUUGGAGCUUGCCCUCGGCAAAACUGGCCUCUUCGAUAAGAUCAAUAGUACCGAUUAUCCCCAUCAGGGUGGAACUUUCUUCGCUCCUUCGAACUUCGCGUUCAAGAAGCUCGGUCCCAGGGCCAACGCCUUCUUGUUCAGCCAGUACGGCCUCAAGUACCUUAAGGCCCUUCUCGAGUACCACAUCGUCGUCGAUCAGACAUUGUACUCUGAUGCAUUUUUUGACCAGUCCGGGGACGAUGAGCAGAAGACUGACGACUACCGACAUUUUCAUGUUGAUCUGCCCACUGUCCUCGAGGACAAGUACCUGUCUGUUGACAGCGCAAGAUAUGGGCCUUUCGUCGAGAUCAGGAUCAAUGCGUUCUCACGCGUGACCAUUCACGACGGCGUAGCUAGUGACGGUGUCAUUCAAGUCGUGUCCGAUGUUUUGAUCCCACCGAAGACCGAGGGGUUGAAGAAGAUGUACUGGAACGGUGAGGAGCUAAGCGUCGAGGAUCUUAAGGAGAGGCUAGCACCUCUUGUGGAUGAAAACCCAGAGUUGUAA